AUGGUCACACACUCAGCUGUGCGUGACACGUGGCAUUACGAUCACGAGGCACCGCAGCUGCCGUUCUUAACCUCAAACAACACGCGUGCUACGACACGCGAACAACCGCACCUAAGUGCUACGCCGAUGGCUCCCUGGAAUUUCACAAAUACUCAAAACAGGGCUGCAUCGUACUAUCCAGAAAGUAAAGUGCGAAUGGACAUAGACCUAAACACAGCAAUACCAAGCGCGGCACAACUUGCAGCCCGUCAAGCGAUACCGAAAGAGCUUCCAACAUUUGAUGGCAAUCCUCAGAACUGGCCUCUAUUCUACAGUAGUUUUCAGACAAGUACGGAAAUCGCUGGGUAUACGAAUGCAGAAAAUCUUAUGCGGCUGCAAGCUAGCCUGAAGGGAAAAGCACAUGAGGGAUCGGCACUAACGCUCAUCGACAACAAGGUCUUUAAGCAACUCGGCUUAAAAGGCGUUCCAGACCCACUGUGCCUAAAAUGGACCAACGAUACAACACGCGAAGAAAAUGCAUCGGAACGUGUCACGCUUUCGGUUGCCAAUCCACAUAAUGGCAAUCAAUUUUACUUGGAAGAGGUUCACAGUGUAGAUACCCUGGAUCUACCUCAUCAUACACCAACGCACGCCCAAGCCCUAAUCGGCAUAAAUAACUGGUACCUCGCCGUACCCCUUAAAAUCAAAGAGGGGGCAUGGCACCAACCAAUAGCGUCAAAGACGCGACUGGGAUGGGCACUACAAAGCUCCACGCCAUCAAGGGCCACUAGAGCUAAUGUCAGCGUUCACAUGUGUUCAUGCCGAGACGCAGACGCCAAGCUGCAUGAGAUCAUCAAACAAGCGUUCUCAUUAGACGCUACCACAGCAAAACCGCUAUCAUCACCAGAAGAAUCUCAAGCUCUAACCAGACUUGAAUCUACUACCGCCUUGAAGAACGGCAGGUACGAGGUCGGUCUAAUGUGGAAAGACCCUGAAGUUUUAUUACCUGAUAGCUACGCAAACGCACUAAAACGGCUUAAAUGCCAGCAAAAGCAAUUUUCCCGACAACCACAGUUGAAGGAGCAAAUCACCAAGCAAAUCGAAAACCUCGUCGAAAAGGGCUAUGCUCGCAUGCUGACGCCGGAGGAAAUAGCUGCACCAAACAGAUGGACAUGGUAUCUACCAACCUUCAUAACUAAAAAUCCAAACAAACCAGAGAAGGUCCGGCUUGUAUGGGACGCAGCCGCCCAAUCCGGCGGCAAGGCCCUGAAUGACUACAUCUGGAGUGGUCCAGAUCUCCUAAACUCCCUGUUUGACCUCUUACUCUCAUUCCGAGUGGGACGAGUGGCUAUCUGUGGCGAUAUCGCCGAGAUGUUCCACCAGAUCAGAGUGAGACCAGCAGACACCCAUGCGCAAAGGUUUCUGUGGUUCGACAGCAAAUCCGAGAGGCAAGAGCCUAACGUCUAUGUUAUGGAAGCGCUUACUUUCGGAAUCAAUUGCGCACCCUGCAUUGCACACUUUAUUCGUGACAAAAAUGCAGAUCGAUUCUGCCAACAGUACCCUCAAGCGGCACAAGCCAUGAAUGACUACCAUUACGUGGAUGAUUUUAUAUACAGCGGCGACGUGGAAGUCGGAAACAUCGCAACUCAAGUCAGAGACAUCCAUGCAGCAGGUGGUUUCCACAUACGCAAUUGGUCUUCGAACUCAAAGGAGGUCCUACGAAUACUAAAGAGCGAUUCGCUACUCCCCGAAGCUGCCGAAAUUACCGCAACAGAAAAGGUACUCGGCUUAUAUUGGAUGCCGAACUCCGACGUAUUCACAUUCAUCUGCAAGUUCGCCAGGCUGAAGCGCAACGUUUUAGACAGCGACAAAACACCAACCAAACGCGAGCUCUUGCAAGUACUUAUGUCAAUGUACGACCCACUCGGCUUCAUCUCAUGCUUUACAAUAGAGCUGAAAAUCCUACUGCAAGAAGUCUGGAGAAGCGGCAUUGGCUGGGAUACUGGUUUGCCCGACGCAUUGUUACCCAAAUGGAUACGAUGGAAACGGAUCCUUACAACAAUCGCCGGAUUGACCAUCCCGAGAUGUUAUUUCAUCAGCAGCGAUCAAAUCCAUGAUGUCCAGUUACACAUGUUCGUUGACGCCAGCGAAUUGGCAUACGCAGCAGUCUGCUACCUUCGGAUACGCCAGUGGGAAAGAACCUACCUCAGCUUCGUGGCCUCAAAGGCGAAAGUGGCACCGUUGAGUCCACUAUCUAUACCAAGGAUGGAACUGCAGGCCGCAGUUAUCGGAGCAAGGCUGAGUAACCGAAUCCAACGCAAUCCAAGUUUGUCAAUUAACUCGAGUUGUUAUUGGUCCGACUCAAAGACUGUUCUCAAAUGGCUUCGUAUGGAUCCACGAAAGUUUCAGCAAUUCGUCAUGCACCGCGUGGGCGAAAUACUGGAAUUCACAAACGUUAGCCAAUGGAACUGGGUUCCAACCAACCUUAACCCUGCAGAUCUUGCUACUAAAACAAACAACGCCAAUAAAUAUAAAACUUGGCUACACGGUCCAGACUAUUUGCUGCAGGAUCAACACGAGUGGCCAAAAUGCGAUGAUUUGGGGCCACCAAACAAUGCUGAAGUCAGGCAUAACAUACUCUUCAUCGACAAUUCGCCGAUGGAGCUAAAACUUAACGCGGAAUAUUUUUCCGACUGGCGCACCAAUAGCAGAGAGCGGCGCAGCGAGAGCGAAAAACGUUCGCUCGCAGCAGUGUCGCUACGCAUCAAAAAUAAUUCAGUCUGCCACAGAUCGCAGAACGAUGAACACAUGUCUGUGUCGCUGCCCUUCAGUACCGGUCGCUGGGGAAUCGCCGGGGACAUGUCGCUUGUCCGCUGGGACAAUCUAGCGCCAUUAAAAUUGCAGCGACAUUUAACAUUGCAUGUCCUAGCUUUCAAGACCGGAACGACAACCUACAGUUGUCGCUACAGUUGUCGCUCCAGUCGCUAA